AUGGUGGAGCCGUUCUUCAUCGGCAUCGCCACGGGCGCCGUUGCGCUGAUGGCGGCGCUGGCGUCCCUGAUCCUGGGCAUCAAGAACCACGCGCUGAACCAAAGGAAGCUGUCACUGGAAGAGGAGCACCGGCAGGCGGAGGCGAGGCGGCUGACAGACAAGUUCAGGAAUCCCCUGGUGCGGUUUUUUGCGGGGAGGCGGGAGGGUCGUGACCAGUGCGCGUCUCGGGGCAACCCCCGGCCUGGACGCGGCGCGCUGCGCAACCAGUUGCGGGGUGGAGGUCGGGGUGGGGCAGGCACCCCAGGGCUUGUCUGA